AUGGCACCCUCGAAUAGUGAGCAAAUAUACCGCGCCGCUUUCGACAGAGACAGGGACAGGGCCGCUAUCGACCGGAAUGAUAGCGCAGCAGAGAACCGGAGGACCCAGGAGGGUGCCAACCAAGGCGCCAGCACCUCGUGGACACAGCCAUUGAGAGACACGCUCGCGGACCAAGGGAAAAUGGAAGACCGAGGCAGAAGUAUCGUGGCAUCAUAUAACACGCGAUCCGAGGAGGCACAGGCAUCUGCCGCCCGACGGCAAGCAGAGGCUUCCAGACCCAACCCCGCGAUGUAA